AUGUGGGGACUGUGGUUUUUCUGGUCAGUGAACGUGGUGGACCUUUGUGGCCAGACCGUGCACAGCGACGGAAUGAUCGUCAACUCGCACCACGAGUCCAAGAAGUACUACUUCGUAACCAUGGGAACGGACUGCCACCUCACCAUGCGAGCCAGCUCUCCGAAGGACAAGGUCCAGUUCUACUUCCGGUUCUUCCUGGUCUACAGCCUCCUCAGGGUGGCCCCCCUGAGCCCGGACCCCUUCUUCCCCGAGUCGCCCCCCCUAAAGCCGACCCCCGGAGGGGGGGGGGAGGGGGACCCCUGUCAUUCCGGAUCAUACGUACAGUUUUACGAUGGUCCGGACAGAAGCUCGCCUCCUCUCGGUUCUCCUCUCUGUGGAAAAAGCCCCCCCCGGCCGGUUCUGUCCACCGGGAACUUCCUGACCCUCAGGCUGGUGACCCGCGGGACUCAGCCCCGGGUCGACUUUGUGGGGGAUUUCACCUCCUUCAGGCUGGGCUUUAACCAAUCAGAGUGCAGCGGCGAGCUCUACUUCACCUGCAGAAACAGGAAGUGCAUCCCUGCCAGUCUGGUGUGUGACGACAAGGGCAUCGACAAC